AUGGAAAAAACACACCAAGUUGGAGUAGCCAUGGACUUCUCUCCCACCAGCAAACUAGCCCUUAGAUGGGCCGUUGAUAAUCUGAUCAACAAAAAUGAUCAUAUCAUCAUGAUCAUUGUUCAACCUCCCUCAGCUGAUCACACCAGAAAACAGCUUUUCGAAAACACCGGUUCACCUUUGGUGCCUCUAGAGGAAUUGAGGGAGAUAAACUUUACAAAGCAAUAUGGGAUUGCCAAGGAUGUUGAAGUCAUAGAUAUCCUUGAAACUGCUACGACCAAAGGGGCAAAGGUAGUUGCAAAGGUGUAUUGGGGAGAUCCAAGGGAGAAAUUGUGCAGUGCUGUGGAAGAUCUUGAGUUGGACUCAUUGGUUGUUGGAAGCAGGGGCUUAGGUACCAUUAAAAGUGUUUUGUUAGGAAGUGUUAGCAAGCAUGUGGUUACAAAUGCUUCUUGCCCUGUCACUGUGGUCAAGGGAACGCAAUCUUCAAAGUCUAGGCAUUGA